AUGGAUCAGCCACUGGCCGGCAUCCUUGCCCAUGCACAAGAGCUUCUUGGCCAUCGAGAUAAAAACACCUUUAUGAUUGGCUUUGCAGUAGUGUCUGCUGUUGUAUACUUCUUGUACGCAGCUAUUGACAGACUCUACAAACUUCACUUUCACCCGCUGGCCAAAUUCCCCGGCCCCAAGGAAGCCUCCCUAUCACAGAAUUGGCUGCUUCGUGUUUCUGAGCAAGGAAAUCCUGAACAUGUAUUCAAAGAUUUACAUGAGAAUUACAAUUCGAGAGCGAUCCGAAUCGGCCCUAACGAACUACACAUCGACGAUGUCAAACUGUACAAGGAUAUAUACAACCAAAGUUCAACUUACAUCAAACACGACGCAUUCUAUGCCGGCUUCAAUACUCCGCACAGUGUCUUUGCCGAACAUAUUCCCAGUCUUCACAAGGAGCGACGACGUCGUCUGAACCCAUUCUUUUCCCGCCGCGCUAUUGGGCAGCUAGAAGGUUUGCUCAAGGAGAAGAUUGAAGAGCUCGGAAGACGCAUCGAUGGUCAAGAAGGCCCUUACAACAUCUUCAACGCUGUACGAUGCACCACUGUCGAUAUUAUUUCUCACUACAGUCUUGGAAAGCCGCUUGGACAGCUUGAGAAGAGCGAUCAGGGGUUCAAUGGGGACUUCCUCAAGACAUUCGACGCCCUUUCCAAGGUCCUUUGGAAGUUCAUGUACAAGCCGACUUUUCGAAAGAUCAUGACCAGUUUCCCCCCGAGAAUCGCUAAGACUGCGAGCAAAGAGAUUCGCCUCAUGUUCACGAUCUAUGAUGCGUGCUAUGCGGCUGCGAGCAACUUUAAAAGAAAUCCACCACAGUCUUCUUAUGGCACUAUCUUUUCUAGCCUCUCGGAUCUUGGUGAACAAGAGAUGGGAGCUGAAGCAUGCGACCUCCUUGUAGCAGGAUCUGAUACCACAGCAUAUUCUCUAGCAGUAGCUAUCAGUCAGAUCGCUAAGAACAGCCGGGUCAGUAGGAGGCUUGUAGAAGCCUUGGAUGCUCGUGCUAUUAAUACAGAGAGCUUGCCGCCCUUGGUGGACUUGGAACAGAUUGAGUAUCUCAAUGCUUCAGUCCGUGAAGCAGUACGGUUUGCCAUUGCUGCACCGGGGAGACUUCCGCGGGUUGUCCCCAGCAACGGGCCGCCUCUAGUCGUGGAUGGCCAGGUCGUUCCUCCGGGUAGUGUCAUUGGCAUGUCAGCUUACACCAUGAACUUCAGCAAGGAGCUCUGGGGCGAGGACGCCGAUACGUUUAAUCCUGAUCGUUGGCUUGGUGCUGGAGGGAAGGCUCUUGAUGCCAAUAUGUGUUCGUUCUCCAAAGGCAUACGGAGUUGUCUCGGACAGAACUUGGCAUAUGCAGAGAUGCACUACAUUCUCGCAUAUUUGUUCAAGAAGUACGAGGUUAGGUUGGUGGAUAAGGAGGCCAAGGUGGAAGCCCUUGAUCGGUUUACGAGUUAUGUCAGUAGUCACGCUGUUAUGGUAGACUUGGGGCUACGUGAAGCUUAA